AAGAAAGAGUUUGGUGAGUUUGUGAAGAAAAAUUUGAACUGAGGGGCGCGUCUGGUGGUAUCGUAUAUAAAGGAGGCAGCUUUUUUUGGGGAGUGAUCUUCUAUCAAUUGAAUAAGAAAGACUUUAUACGCGACUCUCGCCUCUAUCUAAGUAAGAGGAGGUUGAAGCUUAUAGUAAGUAGCCUAAGCUUUAAGAGCCUCCAAUCAUGCUACUUCAGCUAUAUGCUUAACACAUGCAAGUCGACCCGUCGUUUAGUUAGGAACGAAGAUAGUAGACCGGUAGAGAGAGGGCUUUAGCGAUGCUCGACUGUUAAGGAGAGGUAGGUAAAGCAGCCUUAACUAGUCAAAAGCAAUUGUUGAAAUUACGUAGGUGAUGUGAACCACUUUCGUUGUAGCGCUUCCAUCUCAUGGUAGCGAAAGACGAUUCCUACUCCUAAACCGCUGAGUGAUGGGCAUCUCUAAUUACCUAUGACGAGAUGACCGAGGUUGCGUGCGCCGCUCCGUCAAAGCUUGAUUCCAGGUUCAACUCCCAGGCGUCGAGAUCUUAUUCGUUUGUGAAUCUUUCUUUUUCCAUGCUUUUUCUUUGGUCAACAACCAAGCACAGCUCUCUAUAGUUAUUCACUACUCCGUGCAGGAAAGACUCUCUUUCUGUCUGGAGGGAAGGCUUUUUGGACUAAGGGUACCAUGAUACUUUCUGUUUUGUCGAGCCCCGCUUUGGUCUCUGGUUUGAUGGUUGCACGUGCUAAAAAUCCGGUACAUUCCGUUUUGUUUCCCAUCCCAGUCUUUCGCGACACUUCAGGUUUACUUAUUUUGUUAGGUCUCGACUUCUCCGCUAUGAUCUUCCCAGUAGUUCAUAUAGGAGCUAUAGCCGUUUCAUUCCUAUUCGUUGUUAUGAUGUUCCAUAUUCAAAUAGCGGAGAUUCACGAAGAAGUAUUGCGCUAUUUACCAGUGAGUGGUAUUAUUGGACUGAUCCUUUGGUGGGAAAUGUUCUUCAUUUUAGAUAAUGAAACCAUUCCAUUACUACCAACCCAAAGAAAUACGACCUCUCUGAGAUAUACGGUUUAUGCCGGAAAGGUACGAAGUUGGACUAAUUUGGAAACAUUGGGCAAUUUACUUUAUACCUACUAUUUCGUCUGGUUUUUGGUUUCUAGUCUAAUUUUAUUAGUUGCCAUGAUUGGGGCUAUAGUACUGACUAUGCAUAGGACUACUCAGGUAAAAAGACAGGAUGUUUUCCGACGAAAUGCUAUUGAUUUUAGGAGGACUAUAAUGAGGAGGACGACAGACCCACUCACGAUCGACUAAAAGGAAAGUCGCCCGGAGAUAUUGGUUCAAAUCCAAUUCGUGAGAUGGCAGUGAUCUAUAAUAGGAAGAAUUCUUCUGCAGCUGAUCCAGCGGUAAAAGAUUAUCUUUCAACCGAGGGGCAUUAGUCAAUCAAUGAAAAGGAAGAAGUUGUUUAGUUCAAGAAGUAGUUUGGCUUCCCUUCCCGAAUGUUGGUUUGGAGUUGACCCAGUAGCAGGAGUUGAACACAGCGGAUCAAUAUCCGCUGCUACAUCCGCUGAAAGAUCUGUUGCCAGUUCUGAUCGAUGGGGAUAGGCAUGAAGGCCAAUCAUUCCGGUUAUCUGAGUUUCCCUCGACAAUGCCGGAGAUGUUCUCAGAUGCUCUUAGAUCGGGGGUUGAGGUGGCAUAUCAUAAGGAGUAGCCAGUUUCGAGAAAACCGAAGCUAAGGAGAAAGAGAACUACUCGACUAAGAAGUCAGUGUUGGAGGGGGACUAAUCCCUCUCUUCUAGCCAAUACCAGGGAAAGACUUUCUAACCAAUUCAAUUAAUAAGCUAAAGAGAAGUUACAGAAGUACGGAAGUGACAGAGAAGUCAACCUUCUUUGCCAAGGGACUAAACUAUCUGCUCUAUCUGAUACUGAACUAGAUGCCGCAAAAGCCCCAACUCUGGCUCAAGAAAAGAAGGGGUAUCCAUGAGAUGAGUGCCCUUAAGUCGUAACGUUGAGUUACGGAUGUGCUCCCAUCUUUCUUUAGGGGCGGUGGAAGCUCGACUAGGAAGGUUUGGAGGGAAAGAUAAUAAUAGAUCGACUUAGAGCGGUAAGCUUAUUCUCUGGUUUCAAGAUCAAGAGUGUUACGCAAACAAAGAAGGGAUAUACACUUGGGUACGAGACCGACUAAACGGAUUGGAAAUGCAGCUCAGUCAAGAAAGAGAUUCGGGUUAGGCGGAAAUGGCAUAUCCAGGGCACGGCGCAGAGGAUGUUCCGGUAUUGUAAGAUAGGAACGGGAGUGAAAGAAUGCAUUGGAGUAAGUUACAAUUGACAUUGAAGAAGAACUUGAAGACUAGGCGCCAAAGACAAGGGCUCUUUCUCUAGUAGUGGACUAAUCUUGAUAUUCCUAAAGCAGUAAGCGAAAGAAGAGGUUAGAACCAGCUCCACCGGCUAAAGGGACAUGGACUCUUCAGAAGGCUCAGGUUUAAUAACAGAAUCUGAAUCAGUAGCUUUAGGUAUAGGGAUUCCGGUUCUAACUAAACAAUAAGGUAAUGGGGUAGACCAAUUCAACAAGAUUCGAAGAUGCUCUAGGUAGAGGUUCGAAGAGACUGAGCCAAGUAAAGAUAAAUUGUCCGGGCCAAGAAAGCCGGGAAGGCAUAGAGUCGCCCCCAAGAUGAAAGAAAGGGGAUUGGUGGCAUCGGUGCCCUUCAUUCAUUGGAUAUAACCCUCGAGCUCUAACCCAAAGUUCUGCCCUCGACCUUUAACGACGGGACAACAAACAAAGGACAUUUAACCGAAUAGCACUAGACCAAUAGACCCAAGCAGAGCUAAAGAGCUGGCUAAAUACAGAUCGGUACAAGUCCUACAAGUAGCCCUUUCUAGCUCCAAUGCGGAUAACGAAAAGAGAACAAGGACUAAUAGACCAGUAGACCAAUAGGCCAAGUUACACGGCUAAAAGGAAAGCGCUCGGCUCGCUCCAAGCAUUCCGCUCUAUAGUUAUCUUGAAUACUUCCACCUAUCAGCCUGUGACCCUCCUCUCGUAUUAAGAAUAAGAAGUAGAGCUCAAUCCCAUCUUCUAAGUCGAGUGACUCCGCUCCGUUCCAGUGAUGUUUAGCCGCGAUAGAUAUGUAGCUCGGGGCCUUCUUGCAGG